GGCUGUACUUCCUGUUUGUAUAAUGAAAUGUGAAACUGAAGUUCAGGUAGUUUGGUCUGCUGGAGGUAAACAGCAAAUGGGCAUAGGAAUGUAAGCUCCGGUUCCCGCAUCUUGUCCACAAGGAAAUGGACGAGUUAAGUCCGUUGUUGGACAACCGGCCACAAGAGAGCCCAGACCUGCUGUUGUCAAACCUGAGGCCGAGACACCAGGAGCUGAUCCCAACACCAUGUGGACCGAUAAAGCGUUGGUCGGAGCUGUCAUGUCUGGUGAAGCUCUAUUUCUGCUUCACCAUAGCGUCUCUGCUGGCGCUGCUCGGCCUCACCCUAACCAGCAUCUAUAAGCAGCGUAAGGACACAAGCAUGACUGAUGAGGACAACUUGACUGUAUCUCUCAUACUUCUGGUGGGAAUAUUGUUCUGCAUCUACUAUAUCAGCCGUGGCGUGCUGCAGGAGAACAGACAGGAGCUGGUGGUGUUUGUACUCUGUGUGUUUGUGAUCAUGAUCCGAUCGGUGGUCAACUUCUCUGUGCUGGGGCCAAAGGACAAGCAGGAUCUGCUGGUUCGUUUUGUGUGCAUCAUGUGUGUGGGUACAGUGCACGUUCUCUGCACCUCACUGCUCAUCCUGAGGCCCAACAUGAUGGCGUUCCGUGUGGGGGGGGCCUUGGAGAGACUCCAGGAGCAGUAUUUCCUGCUCAACCUCUGCUUUUCCAUGGUGACCUUUGACCUACAGGCUCAGUUGUGUCUGUGUAUCCUGAUCACAGCGUUGGAUUUGGUCAUCUCCACUAGCAAUAGCAUCAUCCUGGGUGUUGGAGUAGUCUGGGCCUGCCUAACUGCUGCUGUUGGUGCUGUUGCAGUUUUAAAAGAAGCCAGGGUCUUGGUUUGGGUCUUCAUGGGGCAGAACCUUCCUCAGCUGGCCUUCUUGGUUUAUCUGCUGUAUAUGGUGAUAGUGAAAUGGUUCUCGGACAGCAUGUACACCCGGGAGGCAGCUACCAUCACUGCAGCUUUGAUUUCACUCAUAAUUAAGGUGGUUUUAUUUUGGGGCCUCAUCAGACUGGUCCACAGCUUUGGCCAAGGCCUGAGGGAGAGAAUGUUUGCACCCAGCAAGUGAUACAACACCUGGUGGUGAUGGACCAAGGGCACAGCUGCUUGUUGAAGGCCUGACUUUAAGACACUUCAGCUCUGCGGUGUUGACCAGGGAGCUCAGAUUCAGCAUGAACUCCACCAAAAUGGUCAGUUACCUGAGAUCUUUUCUCCUUUAAAAAAAAAAAAAAAUCCUAAUUUUCUCUUUCCUGGUAUGGAAGUUAUUUUAGUUAACACAUCUUGGGUCAGUGUGCCUGCUUUAUCUGUAGGAAGUAAAGAACCACAAUUCAACUCGGACUGCAUUCAUUUUAGCAUGAAAUGCCUUUGUAGCUUGGAUUUAUAAUGCUUUUUAAAU